CGCCCCAUUCCGUCAAUUCUCCGCGGUAGUUUUCUUGGACCUUUUGGGUUUCUGUCCCUGUGCUCCGACGGUAACCUGCAACAAUGCGGUGCGUUUUGGUGGUGGCCUUUCUCUGUGCCUCGGCAUGGUGGUGUGAUGCGGCACACGUGUUGACCUAUGACGGGAACAAAGGGUACUUCGUUAGCAAGCCGGUUCUGGCCAAGGCCACCAAGUGCACAAUGCCAUCCAAGACCAAGGAGCUGAACAACACCCCGAUCAGUCUUAGGACGAUUACCACUCCGGCACCGGCUAGUGCCUGCGACGCAGAGGCUCUCAAGGCCGAAAUCCCAAAGGUUCUGGAGAAGCUGAUUGAGAAUAAGCUGAAGAACACUAAAGAUCCGGCACAACAGUGCUUUUUCAGCGAAGCAGAUAUGAAGGAAGUCGGUCUGGAGAAAUACGUCCAAGUGGCCAACUUCAUUGGUACCAAGAAGUUGUGCUUGUGGUCCGGUCUUACUACCCCUAACUCGCAAGACUAUAUUGAUAACAAGAGCGGCUGUAUGCGGCUGGAAAACACUCCCCUCGGGAACUAUUUGGAGGUGGCAUUCAACAAAAAAGAAGGCGACAAGAACUAUCCGAAAAACGCUCUGGAUUGCCAUAAAAAUACCAACUGGGAAAUAGGCGGCACCCGAUGGCCGGGAUUGAAAAUCGAUGGCAUGCACUUUCUCCGAGCGCUGUGGUCGUACGGUAGCAAAAAUAUCGCUCUACAAGUCGAUGGAGAAUUGAUAACGGUCCUGAACAAAGCCGGCAAUUUCAAGGGCAAUUUCAACGGAGAUGUUUUCUCACUAAUUGAAUUCCCGGCAUUGGUCAAAGAAGGAAAAAUCAAGAAAGUGCACAUCAAGAUUUUUGAAGACGCAACCGAUUUCAAGGAGAACUCGAAGGAACUUCGCGAACGAAAAUAUACUUGUACAUCAGCGGAAUACAAGACCAUGAAAGCGGACGCUAUGGCCGAUCUGAGAAUCGACGAGAAGAAUUUCACUUGUGAAGACGGUGUCAAGAUUUAGAUGCUGUUAGCAAAAAAACUUAAUUCCAUUUCCAAAAUCAGUUUGUCAACACCGUGAAUCUUUUCCCAGACAACAUUCUUACUUCAAUAACUGUCACCUAUUUACCUAAUUUUUCGUGGUGGGCUAUUUGAUGCUUGCUUUCACUUUUUUGUUACUCACUGCUGCUAAAACUGUAAUACCGGGUAUUGCAUUACAGAUUCAGAUGCAUACAUAAAAACAUCUGUACAAGUAAAACAUAAACCCGCCAUACGGAUA